AUGCAGACUUUACUUGGUUUCAAAGUGAUCUCUUGGCUUUAUCCGCACUCUAAUCCAUAUGCUUCACUAUAUUAUAUAUUCACCGACUACACUUGUAUAAUCAUAUAUUCAUACACUUUUUCAGGCUAUAAAAUCGUCCAUCAUGAUUUUGAUGCGGUAGUAGUUGGAGCUGGAGGUGCCGGCCUCCGCGCUGCUCUUGAGCUCUCCCAAUUGGGUUACAAGACAGCUUGUAUAUCUAAACUAUUUCCCACCCGUUCUCACACUGUAGCAGCUCAAGGCGGUAUAAAUGCAGCCUUAGGUAACAUGUGUGAAGAUGACUGGAGGUGGCAUGCCUAUGAUACAGUCAAAGGAUCAGAUUGGUUGGGGGAUCAGGAUGCCAUUCAUUACAUGUGCAAACAAGCACCUGAAGCAGUUAUAGAACUUGAAAACUACGGACUUCCGUUCUCAAGAACGGAGGAGGGAAAGAUAUAUCAGAGAGCCUUUGGAGGUCAGACUUUAAAGUUUGGAAAGGGUGGUCAGGCUUAUCGCUGUGCAGCGGCUGCUGAUAGAACAGGCCACGCUAUGCUUCAUACCCUUUAUGGUCAAGCACUAAAUCACCAAUGCAAGUUUUUUAUCGAAUAUUUUUUGCUAGACCUUAUCAUGCACAACGGAGCCUGUGUAGGUUGUGUAUGCAUGAGAAUGAGUAAUGGAGAAAUCCAUGUUUUCCGUGCUCCUCAUAAUGUGCUUUGCACAGGAGGUUACGGUAGAUGCUAUCUCUCUUGUACUUCAGCCCACAUGUGCACAGGAGAUGGUAAUGCAGCUGUUGCUCGUGCUGGUUUGCCCCUUCAAGAUAUGGAAUUCGUGCAGUUCCAUCCGACAGGUAUCUUCCCUGCUGGGUGCCUUAUCACAGAGGGAUGCAGAGGAGAAGGUGGUAUCCUUAGAAAUGCCGAAGGAGAAGCUUUUAUGGCAAGAUAUGCUCCAGUUGCGAAGGAUUUGGCGAGCAGAGACGUUGUCUCUCGCGCCAUGACUAUCGAGAUUAUGGAAGGCCGUGGAUGUGGGCCAAAUCGUGAUCAUCUUUAUUUGGAUUUAACACAUUUGUCAGCAGAGGUUCUUCACGAGAGACUUCCUGGAAUUGUCGAAACAGCAAAGAUCUUUGCGGGUGUAGAUGCUAAUGUGCAAUACAUACCUGUGCUGCCAACCGUGCACUAUAACAUGGGCGGUAUUCCAACAAACUGGAAGGCAGAGGCAUUAUCUCAUGAUGGAAAGUCUUGUUCAACUGUAGUACCAGGUUUAUAUGCUGCUGGAGAAGCUGCAUGUGCAUCAGUCCAUGGAGCCAAUCGUCUUGGUGCGAACUCGCUUUUGGACAUUUUAGUUUUUGGAAAACGUGCCGCACUUAGCAUUCACGAAACGAAUCAAGCUGGGUCUCUUCCAAGCGUCGGAGCUGGCCUAGAAGCAUCGAUCGAUGCAUGCGUUGAUAAGUGUGUUGAUAGGGUUGAAAACCUUGUAAACGGACCAGGAAGUACAAGUGUAGCUGAACUGAGAGAUUCUAUGCAAAGGAUAAUGCAAAAACAUGUUUCUGUCUUCAGAGAUGGAAGUUCUCUACAGGAGGGAGUUGAAAAACUCAGCCAAGUAUGUAAAGCAUACAAGGAUGUAAAGGUUCAGGACAAGUCUUUGGUUUUUAAUACUGAUUUAUAUGAAGCUAUGGAAUUGGAAAACUUACUAACACUUGCUAUGCAAACUGUUGUCUCUGCAGAAGCGAGAAAGGAGUCUAGGGGUGCGCAUGCACGUGAUGACUUCCCAAAACGUGACGAUGCCAACUGGAGAAAGCAUACACUUUCAUACAUGAACGGAAACUUGGAAGAUGUUAAAAUAACAUACAGAGAUGUAAUAGACUCUACACUGGGUGGUGAUAUGGACACUAUUCCACCGUUUGAAAGAACAUACUAGGUGUAAAGCUGUAGGAAGCUUUUAUUUUUAUUUUACAUGUUUGCCUGUAUGCGCUUUGUAUUAGACUAGUAAUUUCUAAUAAUUUGUUUUCGUGACGCUAGAGGAUUAUUAUUUGUCAAACAUUCACUUUCCAAGUAGAUAUGCACUAUUCCGCGAAUGUAAAUCUUGGAGAUUCUGGAUCUAGGAUGUUUAGAAUCGCUAUGCAGUGUUUACUAUAAGGGGAGGAUUUAACUGCGUAAAGUGGAAAAUGUUAAACGGUUGACUCUAUGAACCAUUGGUUAAUCCAAAAUGCUUUUCCAGAUUAACGCUGAGCUCAUCUGU